AAAGAAGACUGAGAGCUACACAGAGGAAUAAAACGUUACUGAAGGAGCUGGAGGUGUCCGCGGCGAAGCUGAGGUCCCGCACCUGCUACUGCCCCACCGACUCACAGCUGGCCGUCCUGCUCAAGCGCUACUGCGACCACGUGUCCAGGUAGCGGACGCCGGUAUGCAGCAUCAGCAGCAGCAGCAAGUGUGCUGGCUCGGCCCGCCGCUGGACUACUCGUUCCGCGGUCUGCGCGCCGUGGAGGAGCUGUCGGCCAGGGGACCACGGCGCGGCCGGCGCGGCUACCGCAGGGCGCCCACUGGCCACUACCGCUGCCAGGCGCUGCGCCUCAACAACAACGCCAUAGCCACCGUGCAGGGGCUCUUCUCUGUCGCCCGCCUGGUGCUGGAGAAACCAGGACAGCUCACUUGGCUGGACCUGUCGUUCAACCAGCUUUCGAGCCUGCCUGAUGACCUGUGCCACUUCUUGGGGCUGAAGAUCCUGUACCUGCACGGCAACCGGCUGUCCGAGCUGUCGCAGGCGCUGCGCGUGCUGUCGCGGCUGCCGCAGCUGUACAGCCUCACUCUGCACGGCAACCCCGUGCAGCAGAGGCCCGACUACCGCGCCGCGGUGCUCGCCGGCCUGCCAGCGCUGCGCUGCCUCGACUUCACCAACGUCACCGCGUCCGAGAGGGCCGCCACCAGCCAGCGGUGACUCGUAUUACCACUCCAGCUGGCAAGCCUACCCAGCGGUGGCCCACAACAGUGUGUUUGUCG